AUGAAAACUCCAAGGAAAUCAGUCAAGCCUCUGAAGAAUCUAUCUUUGAGGGACCAAUUAUACAUGCCCCCUCUCGAAAAGUACAGUGUCUUUGGGAUAUUUCCUUGGGCAAUGGUUAUCCAUUUAUUGCUCGUUCUUUUUGCUUCAUGCCAAGUCGUGCUAAUUAUUAAUUCAAGUGCCCUGUAUAGCUAUUCGCAGCUUAUGCUUUGAAACCAAUUAUUUUUGAAUAAGGACGUCCAAGGUAGUGAUACUUCCCUAUCUUACACAUUUACUUUAUUCAGAAUAAAUAAGCUCCAAAGCUAUGUCCAAGAAACAGUUGAAAAAUACUAUGACAUAAACAGUCAUGCUAUAGACAAUUAUUCUUUUAAGUACAAUGAAUACGGUGACAAAAAGCCUGUGAAAAUGUUCGUAAAAUAUUCUGAUAGAGAAAAGGCGAAAGAUAAACAUUAUUCAGACGAAUACGACCUGACCACUAAUGAUCUUGGUCCAUUUGAGUUUGUAAAUUUAAAAGAUUUUUUGGAUUUAGUGAGUGAGUUUCAGCUUCAGUUCACACUUUUACAUCAUUUAAAUCCGCAUGUAGACACAGCUUCAACUUGCUAUGAAUGGACGAUAAGUCAGAUUUAUCAAUAUACUUAUCAUGGGACAAUAGAAGUGUUCCAAGAAUUUGAUAGAGGAGUUUGCCACUCUGAUUCCAUCAAUGUUUUUGAAAAGUACCUUGUUUUGGAUUGAAUUAAUAUUAAAAUACUUUCUUAUGUGCAUUAAACCAGUUCGAGAGCAUAUAAUGUAGAAAAGUUUAUAUAUGGCUUGAUAUAUUAGUAUUGAUUUUAUCGCUAUCCAGUAUAGUAAUAACUAUGCUUUACUUAUUUAAUCGAGCACUUUUAAUUUCGAGAUUGAAAUACAACCCAAGAGCGACGAUGGCUUAUGCGUGGGAUUCUUUAUCCACAAAAGAAAAACUGCAUUUCAUCGAUCUCUGGAUCCUAGUCACUAUUUUUGGAAAUCUAUGUCAGCUUUUUGGAUCACUAAGUGCGUUUAUAGACGAACAAAACGUUCUUAACAUCCAUGAGAUCUUUAUUGGUUUUGGCUGUUUCUUUUCCUGGAUCACUAUCAUAAGGUACUUACCAUAUCCAUGAAAGAGCAAAAUUUGUUGUUUUUCAAGGAGGGGUUAUAAUUUUCAAGUUUAAAAAAAUCCAAAUUUGCUCAAUUUUAUAAUUUCUUGUAAUGCAUACAGCUUAAUUUUUAUAAAAUUAAUGAGAAAUUUCAUUAUAUUAAAUGUGUGAUUUAUAUACAAAAUAUUUGACUACAAAAUUUUAAUAAUAAUUUUUUUUCUAUUCAUAGAAAGGAUUAAUUUCCAAAAAUUAGGAUCUUUUCAAUGACUUUGCUUGCUCAGGAAUAGGGAGUUAGAGCCUGCUAAAAAUGCAUAUACAAUAGUUCACACCAUGCAAAGAGCUUUCCCUAUUCUUGGUCCUUACAUGGUAGGAAUUUUGCCAGUUUUCAUGGCAUUUUCAUUUUUAAGCAUAUGCUUAUUUUGGGAAACUGGGCUAUAUUCCUCACCAAUUUGGGCAAUGAUAGUCAACUUUUGUAUGCUCAACGGCGACUCUUUGUAUUUCUUUAUCAGUGCUGAUUACACAGCAAAUAAAAUUUUUGGCCAACUUUAUAUCUAUGCGUUUCUAGUCUUUUUCAUUUGCUGUAUUCACAAUAUUUUUAUCGCCAUUAUUCAAGACGGUUUUGCCUCUCUGCAAACAAAUCCGAUUAAGCAAGGAGGAGACUCAGACGAAGAAGCUGACACAUCAUCAUUUUUCAGUGCUUUAAGCAAGCUCAAAAAGAAGAAAAACCAAGAUAAAGAAGACGAGAUCGAUAGAGUUAAAAAAUCAAGAAAAGCAUUUCGGAAAAUUCUGACUGGGAGGGUUUCAGGGCCAAUAAACCAAGACAGGACUCAGACUUAUUUGGAGAGAAUGGAAAGGGAAUUUGAAGAUAUAAAAAAAGCAAUAUCAAGCUUACCUGACGUCAUUGAGCCUGAGCCUGGGCAUAGAGUUGAUAGAAACGCAUUAAAAGAAAGGAUGAAUGCAAUGCUUAGCAAAGAUAUAAUGGAUUAUGCAGAUAUGCUACUGACAACUAAAGUCUUUUAA